CAAAUUGCCCUUUCCCCCUUGCGAAGCUUCAAGCUCACACUAGCUAGCUCCCCACCUCACAGCAUCAUCAGCUCACUCUCUUUCCAUCCUCUUCUCGGUUGUCCAACCAACUCCCCAAUCCCACCCCAAAGAUCCCAUUUUGAUCCCCAGAAGCCCCUCCCAAUCCGCCAAAGAUCGCCGAUUCGGAAACCCCCCGCAAUGGCCGUCCGAGGCGCCACGCUGCUUGCCGCCAUCCUCCUGGUAGCCCUCUGCGCCGGGCUGCCGGCCGACGCCGCGAUCGGGGUGAACUGGGGCACCCUGUCCUCGCACCGCGCGCCGCCGGGCGUGGUGGUGGACCUGAUGCGCGCGAACCGGAUCAGCAAGGUGAAGCUCUUCGACGCCGACCCGGGCGUGCUGCGCGCGCUCGCCGGCAGCGGCAUCCAGGUCAUGGUCGGCGUCACCAACGGCGAGCUCGCGAGCAUCGCAGGGUCGCAGGCGGCCGCCGACGCCUGGGUCGCGCAGAACGUGUCGCGCUACGUCGGCCGCGGCGUCGUCGACAUCCGAUAUAUUGCUGUGGGCAAUGAGCCUUUCCUGACAAGCUACCAGGGUCAGUUCCAAUCAUAUAUCAUUCCAGCAAUGACAAAUAUUCAGCAAUCACUUGUGAAAGCUAAUCUUGCUAGCUACGUAAAGCAAGUAGUCCCCUGUAAUGCAGAUGCAUACGAGAGUGCUUCUGUUCCAUCCCAAGGAGUAUUCAGGACAGAAUUGACUCAGAUUAUGACCCAGCUGGCCGCUUUUUUGAGUUCUAGUGGGGCCCCAUUCGUUGUCAACAUCUACCCGUUCCUCAGUCUUUACCAAAAUUCAGAUUUCCCACAAGAUUAUGCCUUCUUUGAGGGAUCUACUCACCCACUAGUAGAUGGACCCAAUGUAUACUAUAAUGCAUUUGAUGGGAACUUUGACACAUUAGUUUCUGCUCUCGGUAAAAUCGGCUACGGGAACCUACCAAUCGCAAUUGGUGAGAUAGGUUGGCCAACUGAGGGAGCACCAAGUGCAAACUUAACUGCAGCCAGGGCUUUCAAUCAAGGGCUUAUCAAUCGUAUUACAAGCAGCAAGGGAACUCCACUCCGACCUGGUGUCCCUCCAGCUGAUGUCUAUCUUUUCAGCCUCCUCGAUGAAGAGCAGAAGAGCAUACUUCCAGGAAACUUUGAGCGACAUUGGGGGAUCUUCUCCUUUGAUGGACAAGCCAAGUACCCCUUGAAUCUUGGGCUCGGCAAUUCUGUACUGAAGAAUGCUAAAGAGGUUCCUUACCUUCCAUCACGGUGGUGUGUGGCAAACCCUGCUCGAAAUCUCGAUAGCGUUUCUGAUCACAUGAAGCUUGCUUGCAGCAUGGCUGAUUGCACCACUCUGUACUAUGGAGGUUCAUGCUACGGCAUUGGUCAGAAGGGCAAUGUUUCAUACGCUUUCAACAGCUACUAUCAGCAGCAGAAACAGGACCCAAAGAGCUGCGAUUUUGAUGGGCUUGGGAUGAUAACCUACCUAGACCCAUCAAUGGGCGAAUGCCGCUUUCUUGUUGGAGUUGAUGACAGUAAGAGCUCUGCAGUCGCCUCUUGUGGUAGUGGAUACUGCGGGUUCUGUUGUGGACUGUGGGUGUUAGCUUUCUGGGUGUUCAUGUACCUUAGACUGAUGGGUUCGGCCUGACGGCAAAACUGAUCUGUUGGGGGCGCGAUGCUAGUGCCCAUUUUAGAUAGAAUGUAUUGUUGACUUUUAGAUCUAGGGAAGGAAGGCACUGUCGCCAUAUAUGAUUACUAGAUUAUUGUGAGAUUAGGAAAGGACACGCUCGAAGCAUAUAUAUGAAAUUUAAUUUAUUGUUGAAACA